UAGAGAUAAUAGCAGAAGCCCGGAGCUCAUAUCCUCAAUACUCUACUCACACCAUACACAUCAGUCAGAACCAUGCUCCUCGCCACCAUUCUCGCCACCCUCCUUGCCACCCUCACUCUCGCCCACCCAGCCGCCUUCGGCUAUGUAUCCGACUACCAAGUCCUCGAAUUCGACAACGACCAAUGCAACGGCGCGUACAUCCGUCUGUCAUCAGGCAACGUACUCACUCAACUACUUCCACAAACCAAGCACUUCCGUAUUCGCGCCGAGUACGGCGGCUACUUCACCGGCACGCCGUAUCAGUGCGGGCAGGCUUUGCUGGCCGGCCAUACCGAGACUUACAUGUCUAAGAAGCAGGCAGAGGCGCAGGGGCGGACGGAUGCGCGUACAAAUGAUGUGGGUGUUGCAGGUGGGGAUACGUGUUUUACGCGAGUGAAUGCGAAUUGGCAUGGGACUUUGCAGUGUUUGAUAUUGCAAGGGAUUUAGGGAUUUAGUGGUGAGGGAUUGGGCUGCGGGCAUAUGCAUAUUGGAGGGAGUUGGGAUGGGUGGCUGCUUUCAUGUUGGCGGUACUGAUGUUUGACAUAUAGGAUUUUGCAAUCCAUGGG